CCAGUUUCUGCAUACUCGGCUUGUUUCUUCUGUGGACAAGUGAUGUGGUGAGUUGUCCAGGCCCCAGCAUUUGUGCCAUGCCCUAACACGGCUGUGUGACCUGGAAUAUAUGCUCUCUGUCUAUCCUUGACACCCACACCUCUUUGUAUUUUCCAGGACAGAGGCAUAGGCCUCUGGCAGAGGUUGAGGCUCACUGAUGUCAUCAGGCCCUUCCAUGAAUGGGACAAACCAAACCCCUGUGGAGCCCUCGAAGCUCCCCGCAGUAAUAUCCACGACCCCUGGACUGGGCACUGGGGGCCGGGCGUGGCCUGUGCUGGUAGGGGUUGUUCUGGGGGCUGUGGUCUUCUCUGUGCUCCUUGCACUUGCUGCCAAAUUCCAUGUCUGCCGUCGCUACUAUGCCAGCUACCGACACCGCCCACUGCCCAGAACAGGAAAUGGGAACCGCCCAGAGGUGGGUGAAGAUGAGGAUGAUGAUGGUUUCAUUGAGGACAAUUACAUUCAGCCUGGGGCCGGUGAGCUGGAGACGGAGGGGAGCAGGGACCGCUUCUCCCUCUGAGCCCUGAUCUUUGGCAGUUUUAAGGACAGCCGAUGCUAAAUAGGAGCCUCAAGCCUCAGGGACAGAGGGGACAAUGACUUAAAUGUUGACCAAGAGUAGUGCAAUUCUCUCCUUCCUGACACUAGCCACAAGUGACAAUGACCUUCUCUUGCUCAAUAACUCUAAAUGACUCCCUGCUGUACCUGGAAAAAGCCUAACAACCCUAUGAGUAUGGAGAAAAGGCCCUCUGUGACCGGCCUCCGUGGACCUCUUGUUUCCUCUUUUGCCUUCCCCUACUUAACUCCCUUCUUAAUUAGAUGAAGUUUUUGCUCAGGUUGUUCCUCAGCCUGGGCUGCCGUACCCUUCUCUAAGUCCCCUCUGAUAAUUCUAGCCCACAGGCCCUCUAUGGCCUGCUUGCCUACCUGCCAGCAUUUCAGAUGUGCCCAGAUGGUGCAUUUGAGCAGGUGAAAUCAGUGCCAAGUUUCCUAAUGAAUAUAUUUCGUAUCAAUAAAGUGGGUGAUCUGGUUGUAAUAUAUUGUUUUUCACAGGAAUUAAUAAAUCUAUUUUCAUUUUGGAUAAACAUAAAAA